UGUGGGCAAGAAGACCCAUUGUUGAGAUCCUAAGUCUUUUCCCAAGAGACUCUGGGUGAAAUGAAAAUCAAGUCUGCUUUUACUGGCUGGAUCCCCUUGGUCUUUCCCCUGUCCCCUUUUCUUUCUGUCUUCAAAACAGGGGAAGAAGCAGAUCCCAGCUGUCCCUGCAAAGACAUUUGCCUCUUGAGUACUUGCAACUCUGUGGUGUCCGAGAUGAUUCCAGAACACAAAGUAUGGAGGGGAGAAGUUGCAAGGGUAACAGAGGUCACACAGGAUCAAAAGGAAUAAUGGGUGCUUAUAUCUCCUCAUUUCUGAAAAAGGAAGUUGGCUCUGCUGACCUGAGAGUUCAGUUAGCUCCAAUUAUUGAUCCAUCUCCUCUAAAUCCAUCAUCUGCAUAUACUUCUCUGAAGUCCGUAAGGCCACAUAUCGGGAGGACAUCAUUUAAUAUGCCUAUGAAAAGCACUUCAGGAUUGCUGGCACAUCCACCUCCACUUCAAGCAGUCCAUAGAGAACUGAUCAGUCUUCAAAAUAUGGUGCUCACCACUGAAUUUUCCAUGAAGAGGCACCAAUGAAGGCAAUGCAAACUUCCUCUGAACAACUCUUAUGAAGAAAACCUCAAGACUUAGGGUCACCAUAAUCAGAUAUGACUUGAAGGCAAACAUUGAUGGCUUGAAGGCAAACAAUAACUUAAAGCACACCAGGGCUGCCAGUCCACCACUAGACAGCAACAGUGAUGACAAGCCCUGUUCCUGUCAUGAAAUAGAUCAACAGACUCUCAUACUGUGGUAGAAACAGAAG